AUGUCAAGCCGAACGAAAAUCAACACUCUAAAGCGAAAUUUAGUGGAUGAGUUUGGACCGUUUUGGUUCGUUACGGUGAUGGGCACUGGCAUAUCGUCUUGUAUCCUGCAUUCAUUUCCAUACAGUGCAAGGUGGCUGCGAAUUUGUUCUUAUAUUAUGUUUGCUAUUGCGUGCCUUUUAUUCAUAUCACUGCUAUCAGCUUUGGCGCUAAACCUAGCGUUUCGAAUCCACAAGCGCACCUUGCGUGAUUUCGCGAGAGAGUACUUCUUUGACAAUACUCACAACGUUUUUUGGGGCACGUUGCCGAUGGGAUUCAUUACGAUCAUUAAUUACAUUUUCCAGCUCGCAGAGCGUGAAUUUAAGGGCAAGCCCGUUGCCAAUCAUUUGGUUAUUCUGGUGUACGUUUUGUGGUGGGUGAACGCUGCAUUGUCACUUUCAUCAGCAUGGGGUAUAUCAUUUUGCUUGUGGCUUAAACACAGUCGCUACUGGGCUAACGAGGAUGCCGAUCCCGUCAAGAAAGCCAUGCGCCAGCAACUCCAAAGUGUGCUACUUCUCCCUGUAGUACCUUUAGUGGUGUUGUCAUCUAGCAGUGGAAUUUUCACAAUGUCGGACCUGUUCCUUGCGAAUACAAACCGCAAUGUGCAGCUUCUCACACUGGGUGUUACUGCGUUGAUAUGGUUUAACGCUUUACUACUUACAGUCUUGAUCCUAAGCACUUACACUUGGAACCUUUACGUUAACAAAAUCCCACCUGUUAGAAUGAUUUUCACUAUGUUCCUGGUGGUGGGUCCCAUGGGCCAAGGUUCUUACGGAAUUUUACUCUUUACUGAUAACAUCAAAAAGUACAUCGAACAAUACUAUCCUUCUGUGCUCGCUGAUGGCGAAAUUCACUUGAUUAGCGUGGCCGUGCAGUGGUCUUUCAAAGUUUGCGGCAUCAUUUUGGGUUUGUUACUAAUUUCUAAUGGUAUUUUCUUCACUUUAUUAUCAUUUGCUGCGAUUAUAUCAUACGCUAACACCUUGAAAACUUCCAAUGCCGGUUUCAGGAUCUCUGAUUUUCACAAAGGUUGGUGGGCCAUAACUUUUCCCAUGGGUACCAUGGCUUUAGGAACUAACGAACUGUUUCAACAGUAUAAUCCUUACGUUCAAAUAUCAGCUUUUCGCGUUGUCAGUGCAAUAUAUGCGGUGCUGUGUAUAGGAUCCACCAUCAUUUGUAUAUUGGGGUGUAUCUGGCUGUAUCACAGACCAGUUUUAGCCUUUUUAUCACCUCAGCGCGGAUCGCAGCACGGCAUUCCAGAAAGCGACGGUUCCGAUUCAUACGUGAAUUCGUCGCAAAAGGUCUACAUCCCACAAGUUUGA